ACACACACACACACACACACACUCUCUCUCUCUCUCUCUCUUUCCUCUCGCUGUCUCUCUUUUACUCUCUCAGCCUCUCGUCAUUUUUGCUGUGACAGUCUCAUCAGAGGAGGCUCCCGGACGGUGUUUCUCGCCAUUUAGAAAAACGCCAAGAGAAUACCUGGAAGACUUACUCAUUACGGAUCAAAAAAUAACGGUGCUGAAGGGAACUACACAAUGGGAGGAUCCACUUCCAGCCUAUUGGAUGAAAACAAAUGCAAUUAUAUUCGAGGCCGAUCUGAAGCAGAGCUGAAGAAUUUCACACCUCACUACAAGUAUCAGUUUAUGGUUGCCUAUUUCAAGCAGCUUCAAGAUGAGGUAGAGCAGCACAAGGCGGUGCCAUCUCAGCUGCUCAAGCAAAGGGAAUCAACCAACCCCGAGCAAGUCAUUCAUGAGCAGGUGGUAUUGCACUAUGUCGAGGAUAUGAGGAAGUGGAAAGAACGGUACAUGGUGGUGAGAGCCAACUACAGCAUGGAGUGCCACGAGAGUCGAGAGACAUUUCUGAAUGGAGCAAGUGCUAAAAGUCAAGUGCUGCCUACGGGAGGUGCUGUGCUCACUUGUGAGAAGGCCUACGCUGCUCUCGCAGACAAGUUUUUCCCCGAUCCAUCUGGGGUCAGUGAUGAGGCAUCUCCUCCAAUGGUGGCCAUGCCAGAUCAGUUUCCAGUCUACCUGUGGCAGCCUUACCGAAGACACAGUUUCUUUUGCUUCCAAGAUGAACAGUCCCAGAAGCGUUUUACCACAAUCCUAAAAGACUGCAUUCGACACCAAAAUUACGAUUUCCAGAAACAAAAGACUUUUGAAGUUGUGGCUUUCUUGGAUUCGGUGAGGUUUUACAGACAAGAGAAAGGCCAUUAUGGAUCCUGGGAAAUGCUGGUGGGCACAGAUGUUCAGGUUAUGAGUCACCUGGUGAUGGAAGAACUGCUGCCGUCCCUCCAGACUGAGCUACUACCAAAGCUGAAGGGCAAAAAGAAUGAGCGGAAGAAAACCUGGUUUGCUACUGUGGAGGGAGCCUUUGGUGUUGUUCAGGACCAGAUAUCUACAGGCCUCACUGCUCUUCAGGACGAAUGCCGGACAGCUGCCAAGAAUCAGGAAGGACAGAUUCGCUCCGAUAUGGAUCAGAUUAUCAACUCCAAGAACUUCCUUGCUGAGAAGCUCAAAGCUACUGUCACCGAACGGGCCGUCAAGUGUUGCAUGGACUCGGUGCAGCCCUACUUGUCUUCCAUACUCGAAGAACUAAUGGGGCCCAUCAGCUCUGGAUUUGGUGAUAUACGUUCCCUUUUUGAAACAGAAAUGAAUAGAACUAGCAAGGAUUUCCAAGCCAAAAGUGACAUGGAGCAGCUCAAGCAGGAUUUGGAAGAAUUAAAGCUGAUGCCUGUAGCGUCCCCAAAGAUGCAACCCUGCUAUCAGCAGGUGGAGGUCCUUGGUGAGCAGCUGCAGGAGCUCAGAACACGCUUUAAGUUCUCCAACACUGAUCGCCUUGUUCAGAAUUCACAAAACUACAUGCAAAAGCUUAUGGACAACGUCAUCUUCACGUUUGAACAACUGCUCUCGCAUUCCCUACAAGGAGACUCCUCUCAAAUCGUCUCCGCCAUCGAGAGGGUUAAGCAGAGGGUUGUAAAGCAAUACGAUUAUGACAGCAGCACCAUCAGGAAGAAGCUGUUCCAGGAGGCACUCAUAGAAAUAACGCUGCCCACAAUGCAGAAGAGCCUGGCGCCCACCUUCAAACCUGAGCUUCAGAAGUUUGAACAGUACAUUUUUGCUGACUACACAAACUUCAUUCAAGUGGAAAACGUCUACGAAGACAUUCUGCUGCAGAUUUUACUGAGUGAAAUUGACAAAGUGGUACAAGAAGCAGCAAGCCUAAAGAAACACAACCUCUUUGAAGAUAAUGCUGACUUCCCCUGUGCAAGUCAGUUCAGUCUGGCGGAUAAGCGAACACCACCAGGAUCACUUCCUACAGGUCUUGGUAAACCAGUGAAUCUCCCUGAAAAUCUCACUCCUCCAAAACAGAAUGAGGGCAUUCUGCAAAAACAAGAACAGAUUGCUAGUGUAGAUCCACCUGCUUCCGAUGUGCUAGAGAGUUGUGCUUCCACUAAAGACCAGAUGCCGAGACCUGCUAUCAUUGACCAUGAUGCCAAUGCAGCAGCAAACAGAGAGCCUGUACAGGACAAUGCACUCUCUGACAUUCCCCAGCAGCCACUACCUUCCAACACUGAGAAUGAUCCAAAUGCAACAAACAAUGGAGAACCUGUGCUGGAGAGUUCAGCUCCCACUAUAACCAAACAGCCAGAACUCUCCAUCAUCGAGAAUGACCUAAAUACAAGUAGCAUUGAUUCUAUGAUAGAGGCUGUGACCUGCACUAUAAAACAACCGGCAGAACCUUCCAUUAUCAAGGAUGAUUCAAAUUCAGCAACAAACAUAGAAUCUGUGCCAGAGAGUGUGGCUCCUACUGUAAAGCAGUAUGCAGAAGUUUCCAUCAUUGAGUGUGAUCCAAAUGCAAUGACAAACACAGAGUUACUGCCGGAGAGUGUGACCCUCACUCUAAACAAGCAGCCAGAAGCUCCCAUCAUCGAGAAUAAUCCAAAUGCAACAACAAACAUUGAUAUUAUGAUAGAAAGCGAGGCCACCAUGGUAAACCCGCAGCAAGUAAUUUCAAUCAUCGAGGAUGAUCAGAAUGAAGUGACAAGCAAAGAUUCUGUUUCAAGUCACACUGAGACACUGAACUUGGAGAAAAGCAAUGAUAACAUACACGACAAUGAAAAUGGAGGGGCUAUACACGAGAAUACGCUCCAAAGCAAGCAAGAAGCUCCAGAUAGUGUCAACGAAAUUCGAGAACUUAUAUCAAUGAUAACACUAGUCAAUGCAGAGGAAAAAGAAGAGCCAUUAACGAUAGAAGACACUGGAGAGGAGAACAUCAUCACAGGAGAUGACAGCCAAGCUUUGAUGGAGGAAAAAGCUGCAAACAAUGAGUCACUAGAAGAGAAAGCAAAGGAUUUAAUUUAGUAAAUAAAGUAAGGGCUGAAAUUCAAAUUUCAAUGAACGUGGUGCAUGAGGUUAGCCUAUUAAUCCAUUGUUACUGAAAAACCUAAAUUGGUAUUUUACAUAACAGAGCACCUAUUUUUAUGCUGUUAUAUAGCUGGACACACCUAGAGUUUAAAAAAGAAAGACACCAUGAAAACAUUUUUGGUCUUUUAGGAUCCUUUCUUUUUAUACAAAUCACAGCUGAUAAAAUAUUAACAGUAAAGAAUUAAAAAAAAACGAAAGCAGCACAGGUGGCAAAGUGUUUGGUACUUUUUUUUCAAUGCUCCAGCAAAAUAAUUCCAAUUCUUAUUCCACUCAUUAUCUGUGUAGAGUUUGCUCCUGUUUAUGUGGGUUUUCCCCUCAUCACAGAGACAUGCUAUUGGGAGUCACUGGUGACCUUAUAUUGGUCCAGCAUGAAAGUAAGUGUGUGUGUGUGUGUGUGUGUGUGUGUGUGUGGUAUCCAAGGGUGACUUACCUGCAAGUAAAAAAUUAGGGUCUGAAAAAAUAUGAGAUGAGAUGCAUUUGUUGGUAAAUUUCAAUGUGCCUAUAAAUUAUUUUUUUAUAACUGAAAUUCUUUCACAUCUGUUUAGAAAAUAACCAUUGUAUAAUUGUUGAUGAAACUGGAUUGCCACUUACGGAAAUGUACAGAACAGCUGUGCUCCGAGAACAUUCCCGUGGAACAAGCCAAAGAAAGCGUGUAAUUCUACCGGUGUUGUCCCUUCAUCCAAACUCUUUUGUACCAACAUCGAAUCCACUUGUUUUAGAUAUGACUACAUACAAAGUACACAUUUUUAUUAAAAAAAAAUGAACAUUUAAUGCAACUAGGCAAGAAAUCCAGCUAAAGACAAGUCCUGCUUAAGAGACUGAAUGCAGUGAAAAGCAGAAGCCUAGUCUGAACAAUUGAACAGAGAUUUGAAGACAAAUUUUACAAUCUUCAGUUGGAAAAACACGCCACUUAACAUUCUUGAAUGUUAGUGAGUGAGAAAGCUGAAUUAUGUUUUGAACCACAAUGUUAUUAAGAAUAGUCUAUUAUUAAUUUAGACCAUGUUCAUCAGAGGAAGAGAUGGAAAUGUCAGUCUUUUAAAGUUGUCAGUCCAGUCCUGUACUAAUACACUCAGUCUUUGUACUGUAUAGAUAUUUAAAAGAACAUUUAGCUACUUUACCAGACAGUCUGCAUGCCUUGCUCCUAACUACUUCACCCCAUAGGUCUGUAAAUCCCUGAAGCUACAGACAGUAGUUUGGAAAGAGAAAUCUGCCUUAUUUAUUUAUUUAGAUAAAAGAAGGUCUGGAAAGGUGAAAGUUAGCUUAGUAAAACACAAGAAUUCUGAAAAUAUAAAUUAAUGCUUUAUAUCUACAAAUGCAGGUCCAUUGUUUUAAUAAUCAUUGUCAAGCUGGAUUCUUAUCUAUUUUAGUAUAUUAUUUUUGAUUUUUAUAAUAUAUACUGUACCUUUUUAAAUGACAAAAUACAUAAAACUAUUUAAAAGCUACUGCUUUAGAAAAAAAUCCCUGGCAAUAUAUUGAGUCAGAACAGCUGCAAGUAGUGUGCAAAAUGGAAACUCCCUAAUAUAACAGUGAAAAACUCAUCCUCUCUUAGAAUAUUCUUAGAGGCUGUAAUAACAAAUUGAUAAAUAUCAGUCUAUGCUUAUUUUCAUAUCUUACAGUUAUCACAUUAUAGACCAAAAGUUGCAGUCUCUUUAAAAACCUGUAAUAAUCCAUCUAGAGCAAUAUGUUAAUUAUAUGACAUCUUUUUCAGCACAACACUGAAGCUUACAAGAAUUAUGAACGGGAUGUCUUUGUGAGAUUGGGUCAUAAGAAACAAAAUUUGUAAACCCUGUACAAUAAUUGUUUAUAUUUUUACAUAAGAAAUAACUUACCCAUAUAUUAUGAAUAUUGAUAUCAAGUAAAUAGUAUGCUUUUGUACUGAGGUUAAUUAGAUUAACAAAGUAUUUUCUGGAAUUACUAGACAAUUAUUUAUUUGAAUAUGUAUUUCACAGUAUAACUGAUCAACACUUUAUUUGCAAUUCUCAAUAAAUAUUUUGAUUCCAGAAAUCCAACACUAAGAAGCUUUGAAAUGUUCAGUGUUGUUUGUGAAAAUUAAGACAAACAUUAUUAUUCUAAGACAAGUCCUUUAAUUUUGUAAUAGGGAUGCAUUUCAUAAUUAUCUCUUGUUACUUCAACAAAUCUUUUGUAAUGUGAGUAUAAAUUAAUUGUAUUUUCAAAGCUAAUUAACCUAAAAUAAACAUUUGAUAGUAAAUCAAAGUGGAUUUUCAAUUUUCCAAUUUAUAUAACAAAAUAAUGGCAAGUUCACAACCUCUCCCUUUCAAAGUCUUUAAUUAACCUCAGUCUGUUUUAAAGAUUUGGUUUCUAGACUUCUUAUCUCGGUAAGAAGGCUUUGUCAUUGUACCUACCUUUCUUGAAGAGAUACAUAAGAGAGGUUAGAAACGGAAGAAUAAAUU